AGUCAGGUAGGACUCGCCCCGCCCUGUGAGCCUCACUGCCACACUCCAGUCCUGCCAGCCCCCAGCCAGACUCCGGGGCCAGCAUGCAGGGUGAGGAGAGCUGCCAGAUCCUGGCGGGGACUGAAGGGGACAGCUUCCCACUGAUGGAGAUCAACACUGGUGAGACCGAGGCCCCUGAGCAGUGGGAUUACGUCCUUGUGGCUGACCACCGCACCCAGAGAAAUAGCAGGCAGGCCCAGCAGCAGCAGCAGUUCCUGGAAGAGCUCAAGAGAAAGGGCUUCCAUUACAAGAUGAUAGAGGACCACAAGAAGGUGUUCUUUGGGAUCCGAGUGGACAGCAGGAUCUUUGGCCUGUAUUGCAAACUCCUCAUGGAGCCGGAGGGUCCUGCCACCAGAGUGCAGCCUGCCAGGCCACCCUCCGUCCCAGCCACCACCAGAAUCCGAAUUGUCAACUUUGUACUAAACAGCAAGACGGCAGCUGGUGACACAUUAGAGGAUUUGGUGAAGAGUGGGGUCUUUGAGACCAGAUUCGCCCUGCACAAGGUGAGGGGUGGGCCAGCUGGGAGAGGGCUUGAGGAUGGGACCAGAGGCAGGAAGCUCUCACCGUCUGUCACUUGUGCUCAGGGGGAGGAAGACCUAAAGAAGAAAUGGGCCCGGUGGAGAAACAUGUUCCACCCCCAGCCGAUUGAUGAUAUCAGGGACUACUUUGGCGAGAAGGUGGCCCUGUACUUCGCCUGGCUCGGCUGGUACACCUACAUGCUGGUGCCUGCUGCAGUGGUGGGCCUCAUCAUCUUCCUGAGCGGCUUCUCCCUGUUCAAUGCCAGCCAGAUCAGCAAGGAGAUCUGUGAGGCCCACGACAUCCUCCUGUGCCCUCGCGGCGACCACAGCCGUCGGUACCAGCAGCUCUCGGACACCUGCACCUUUGCCAAGCUCACGCACCUCUUCGACAACGAGGGCACCGUGCUCUUUGCUAUCUUCAUGGCUCUGUGGGCCACCGUGUUCCUGGAGAUCUGGAAGCGGCAGCGGGCCCGUGUGGUCCUGCACUGGGAUCUGUACAUGUGGGACGAGGACCAGGAGGAAAUGGCGCUUGAGCUCAUUCACUGCCCUGAUUACGACCUCCGGCCACAACAGCACUCCUACCUGAGAAGCACCGUCAUCCUCGUCCUGUCUCUGUUCAUGAUCUGCCUUAUGAUCGGCAUGGCCCACCUCCUGGUGGUCUACCGUGUGCUGGCUGCCGCCCUCUUCAAUUCCACCUUGCUCUUCCAAGAAGAGCAGGUGACCACAGCCGUGGUGGUGACCGGGGCCCUGGUCCACUACGUGGCCAUCCUCAUCAUGACCAAGGUCAACAAAUAUGUGGCUCUGAAGCUUUGUGACUUUGAGAAGCCCAGGACCUUCUCAGAGCGCGAGAGCAAGUUCACCAUCAAGUUCUUCACUCUGCAAUUCUUUGCUCACUUCUCGUCCCUUGUCUACAUUGCCUUCAUCCUGGGCAGGAUCAACGGUCACCCUGGGAGGUCUGUGCGCCUGGCGGGGCUGUGGAAGCUGGAGGAGUGCCAUCUCAGCGGCUGCAUGAUGGACCUGUUCCUGCAGAUGGCCAUCAUCAUGGGUCUGAAACAAACACUCAGCAACUGCAUGGAAUACCUGGGCCCGUGGCUGGCUCACAAAUGUCGCCUGAUGCGGUUCAAGUUGAGCCGCGCGUCCGGGGACCCCGAGCUCAGGCGCUUGCAGUGCAACUACCUCCUGAACCCAGUCAACACCUUCAGCCUUUUCGAUGAGUUCAUGGAGAUGAUGAUCCAGUAUGGCUUCACGACCAUCUUCGUGGCCGCCUUCCCACUCGCCCCCCUGCUCGCACUCUUCAGCAACCUUGUGGAGAUCCGCCUGGACGCCAUCAAGAUGGUCAGGCUGCAGCGGCGGCUGGUGCCCCGCAAGGCCAAGGACAUCGGGACCUGGCUGCAGGUGCUGGAGACCAUUGGUGUGCUGGCCGUCAUUGCCAAUGGAAUGGUCAUCGCCUUCACGUCUGAGUUCAUCCCCCGAGUGGUGUACAAGUACCAUUAUGGCCCGUGCCGACAGGGGGCCCAGCCUGCAGUCGACUGCCUCACAGGCUACAUCAACCACAGUCUGUCUGUGUUCUACACCAAGGACUUCCAGGACGCCAUCCAGAUAGAAGGCUCAGAGAAUGUGACUGAGUGCAGGUACCGGGACUACCGCAACGCUCAGGACUACAACUUAUCUGAGCAGUUCUGGGUCCUCCUGGCCAUCCGCCUGGUCUUCCUGAUCCUCUUCGAGCACGUGGCUUUGUGCAUCAAGCUCAUCGCUGCCUGGUUCAUGCCUGAUGUUCCUCAGUCGGUAGAGAACAAGGUUCUGGAGGAGAAGUACCAGACGCUCCGGGAGAAGAUGUGCUCCAGCCCCAAGAGCACAGAGGUGUAGGAGACCCAGAGCUGGUCAAGAGGAACUGGCACCCAGGAGCUGAGACUCAGAAGCACUCCCUCCACCUCCCCCCAACCCCCACUCACGGCAUAUCGGGGUCCCGGGAGGCCGGUGCACAUGUGGGGAAGUCUGUGUAUAUAUGGGGGUCUUGGAGGGCCCGUGUGUGUUUUAGGUGCUUGUGAGCAGCACACUGUGGUCUGUGAGGCCCGUUCCGUCUGUUAGGGCUCAGACUUGAUACAGACCUGACUUGAACUCUGACUUACCCCUGCCACCCACAGAACUGGGGUGGGGGUGCCUCUCAGCAGUCACAACACAGGAAAACCAGCCUAGUUUCCUGAGCCUCCCUCUGACUUGUGGGACCCAGAUCCUGCCCCACUGCCAUCCUGGCUGGUCAGGGGGCCCUGACCCCACCUCUCUGGCUCCCUUCAGCCUGCAGAACUUUAUAUAAUAAAAUGAAA